UGCACGAUGAACAAGAACACGUCCCAGACAUAGAGGACUGCGACUAUCUCUACAGGCGAGUGCAUGAGCUCGGCGGGCAGGAGGCGGACGACAACUUCUCUUCGUUUGCACUUGAAGAUGUGGACGUACCCGUCGUCUGCCCUACCAGGGACGAGGAUAUUGUGGACACUGUGAUAAGACGCCGAUGCAAAAGUGACGAUAGUUCGGAUGAUGAGCCCCGGGAAGUUCUAACGACAGCGUCCUGCGGUGCGUGCACAGACUGGAGCACGCCCUCCUGGCACCCAACAAGGCUGUGCAUCAGACGCGGUUCACCUCUUUUUUUUUUUUUUGUAAUGAAAUAAAAGUGGCACCAUGCUGAUACCUUCCCAAGGUUUCAUCAGGUCAAGUCGACUCCUCAAGAACGACACCGACAGUGAGAUAGAAGCCCAUACAAGAUCUUGGCUGCGACACGCCAAGGAACAGCUUCUACAGACAAAAGCUGAACGGACCUUCAGUUUGACAGCCAGUAUUUUCACAAAAGUUCACUCCGAAGUGAAUGACACUACCCUCGAUGCUCUGUGCUUUCUCAGGCGUGUGUCAUUCAUUGUACAAUGUGACAAGCACUCAGCGUCGGGAAGCCCACGUGUAUGGCAGCUGAAGUCGUUCACCAGGGUAGGAACGCCAGAACAACUCCAAGUGCUCUGCAGGUCACCUCUAAAUUAAAGAAACCUACGUUUGAUACACUAUGUUCUCAUGAGAUUUGUUCCUGCUACAACUCUGCACUUCGUUUCACGUUACCAAGAAAACCUAACCAACCAUUACUAUAUCAGUGGUGUACUGCUGUGUUCAAGCAGUUCUACUUAUUCUGGGAAUCCCGUAAACCUUGUGCAGCUACUUCGGCCCUUAUUUGCUGGUAACACUGGUGCCAAUACAGCUGUUAGUUGAGCUGUGUGACAGUGUAUAAUAGAAUACAUCCUGUGUUUGCAUAUGCAUAAAAAUUAUGCAUGUGCAGCAUAUAAUGUGUAUAUGUUAUAGAUUUUAGGUCUUAUAUAUUUGUUAUAUUGUACUGUUUGAGCUAAAUGUCGACACUUGAGCUGUUUGAGCAUAGUGCCCACACCCUUGGUCGAGGCUGCACAGCUGAGGACUCUGUCCACGUGGCAAUAUAUAUGAAAUAGUAUCAAUUACUUGUAGUUUUUGUAAUUGCAAAAUAUAGGGCAUGCUACGUGACUACUGGGGCUUCUUGGUGCUUUUCAGUUGCCUCAACUCGUGACUUCAGACUUAUGUAACACAAUAAUAUACGGUGACAAUGACGCAGGCGAACUGGUGUCGUUGGAUUGUGUCCACCAGUCUCGGAAUUAUGGAUGUAUUGCACAGUAUUGGAAACAUGGUUGAACAAUAAAUGUGUUAAACAACA